AUGCUUGAAUUUAAGCGUGUUCCUGAAAACCGCAAGGUGGCCUUAGUUGCGACGAAAUUCCAGGGCAAAGCAGCGUCCUGGUGGUUGCAAGUAAAGACUUCUCGAGCUCGAGCGGGGAAACGUAACAUCGAUACGUGGGAAAAACUUGAGAAAGUGAUGAGGAAAGCGUUUCUUCCUUAUAAUUUUGAUCGAACGAUGUUUUCCCGUUUACAAAACCUUCGCAAAGGUUCUCGUUCUGUAGAUGAUUACGCAGACGAAUUUUCUUUGUUAUUAACAAGAAACGACAUCCUUGAUAGCGAAGUCCAGCUGGUCUCGCGUUUUAUUGGAGGCUUACGUCCUCAGCUUCAAAACGCUAUGUCUCAGUUCGAUCAUAUCACAGUUGCAGAAGCUCAUAGGCGUGCAAUAGCAUUUGAAACACAAUUCAAAAUGUCAGCUUCCGCAUGGUCGAAUUCGACGCGUGCGCGAGCAACUAUUGUCCCAGCUGACUCAAACCAGGCUGGUGCUAGCAAUAAAGAAGCUGCAGAGCAAGCGGGAGCACGAGCUGAUAACACUACACGAGUUCCUGCAACAACUGAUGAACUCCGGCGAUCUUCCCGGCCUAAUGCCUUGCGUUGUUUCACCUGUGGAGAGACAGGUCACAGGCAGACUGCUUGUCCGAAGGCAACUCGUCGGGGACUUCUAGUUGAUGAUGUCAAAUGGGAUGACGACGGAACGGAACAGAACAAAGGAUGUUACUGA